GUGAAGGUCUUGCCGCGAGUCAGCGAGUGAUCAGGCUGGCAUCGAAGAUCCCGAAUCUGCGUCUGGUUGUCAUGGUGCGCGAGCCAGUCGAGUGGCUGGAGUCGCUCUACAACCUGCGAAAAUUUUACCUGUGCCAGCAGUCCAGCACGUGCUCGGAAGUUCCCGCCAUGGAGGAUGUCGUUCUCAACGGCGAGACCUUCGAAGAUGUCAACGUUGAGGAUGCAUUUCUGUCCAAGUCCUUGGAGCAUGUUGUGAAGUUUUUCCCACCCUCGGCUGGCCGCUCUUUGCUAUUGGAGUUUGAGCUCUUGCGCAGUCGCCCGCGCGAGCUUUUCGACCAGAUCACAUCCUUCCUGGGCAUCGAGCCGUUUUCCCGGGACUUCGAGAUCAGACGGCAUGCCACAGAAGAUCGACGCAGGGCCUCAAGUCAAGUCAGUCAAGUGGCACGAGGCAAAGAGGCAAAACGGGGCCAUUCCGGUGGCGAGACCGCCCUGCAGGCAACUGCAAGCAUGCAAUCCCCGCAGACGGGCCUUCUGCGAGCGCUGAGUGGGGAAAGUCACCCCGAUGCGGAGGAAGCUACAUAUGCAGAAAUCUCAGCGUGGUAUCUCACAGGAAUGAGUGGCUGGUGGAGCUUGAACAUUAUCACCGCAGAGCUGCCUUUCUUCGUGGCCGAGCUACCCGAGGGGAAACGCCUGGGAAACCUCAUCGCGGUGUGCACACAGAUCGGGAACAUUGCCCCGAUCAUCUACAAAGCGCUAACAAGACGACGGCCCGGCAACCUUGUUUGUGCCAUUGGAUUCUUCCAAGUCGUAGCGGUCAUAGCAUUGGUGGCCUGCUCCGUGAUGUGGAAAUCGACACCGAUCCUCCUUUUCUGCACGGUCUUGGCGGGAAGCGUAGGAUGCAUGAGCAGUGUCACCUACUGGGCGGCAGUAGCGCAGCGACCUGCCUCCUGCGUUCGUGGCAUGAGUGUGGGAAUGACUCUUGGUGGCCUGCUGGCCACCGGAUUUGCUGCAAUGCAGCUAGCUGGAUGUGACCAGAAGUCGCCGAGAUUUGGUCCUGCUGCCUUUUUCAUAUUGGCUGCUGUCAUCCAGGCCGGCCAGGGAGGAGCCUUCACAGCGAAAAGCUGCGGUCAGACGAGCAGCCAGAACGGGCAGACAGCUGCUGAGAAUGGUACCUCGCAUGCAGAAUGCGAAACUGCGAAGCCACCCAUGCCAAGGAUUGCGAAAUUCUUGAUGGCUGGCUGCUUCUUAGUCUAUGCCACCACAUACACCAUGCCGACUUUGAUGCCUUUCAUGGCCGGACACUUCACCAGCACCACGGAAAGCCAGCAGCUGCUGCUGUGGAUGCAGGUGCUGCAGAAUUCAGGCGAUGUCCUGGGACGGUUGGCCACAGCUCUAGUGCAUGGAAACAAAAUAGUUUUCUUUACGUGGAUGCUGCUGCUGACGGCUUCGUUCGCCAUUUGUGUGGUGACAGCCGUGUACAACACAUCCCUGUGGUUCAGCUACAGUUUCGCAGUGCUGCUCUUGCCUGUGAUCUGUGGCCUAUUCUAUUUUUCUCGUGGUUUGCUGGUGACAACCAUGUACCUCUAUGCGCGCGGCCUUGGGCAACAACGAAUGGUCCAGGAGAUAACCGAAAACAUGGGGUUCUGCGGCCAGAUGGGUGCCCUCAUUGCCAACUUAGCAGCUUUUGUUUGGGUGAAUCUGUGCGGUCUGUUUGGUGCUGCCCGCUGUGGUUGGCGCGAGCUGCAGCCGAGGUACGAGGAGCUUGGGCUGUCCGUCAGCUUAUGUUCGGAGCAGCUGCGACCGAGCUUGGCCGCCUUAAAGGAGCGGCUUGCAAGGGAGAACGAGUACACUCGCUUGGUGGCUUUGCUUGCGCAGGACGGUGGGGAAUGCAGGUACUUUGUAAACUUCGAGGUUCAGUUGACUGUUUUCAUCCACAUAUUGUGGCGUGACGCCAUGAAGGAGUACUUCGAGAACGCGUCCGGGUUGGAUAGCAUCUGGUCUGGGUAUACCUUCAUCCUGGGAUUCCUGAUCGUCUUCCGCAGCAACCAGGCAUAUUCUCGGUUCUGGGAGAGCGUGGCGCUCACACACAAGAUCCGUGGCGAAUGGACCAGCGCAUUCAGCAGCCUGCUAGGCUUUUGCACGAAGAGCGCAGAACGAGAGGCAGAGGUGAGCCACUUCCGCGAAUACCUCCUGAGAUUGAUGAGCCUGCUGCACUGCUAUGCACUUCACGAGGUUGCAGAGCUGUCCGACGAGACGAAUGUCGAGGUCGUGGACCUUGCUGGCCUGAGUUCAGAAAGCGUCGAGUACCUGCACGCCAGUCCAGAUAGGUGCGAGACGGUCAUGCUUUGGAUCGAGCGUCUCAUCGUAGAGACCGAGAAGCAGAAACUUUUCGAUGUGGCGCCACCGGUACUGUCCAGAGCAUUCCAGGAAUUAUCGGACGGCAUGGUCAAUGUUGCAGAAUUACGAAAGAUUGUGGAAGUGCCCUUCCCUUUUCCAUAUUCGCAGUAUCUUUCCUUCAUGCUGGUAUUGCACUGGCUCGUGAGCCCCUUGGUGUGCGUACAGCUCAUUUCCGAGUGGUCAUGGGCUGGUGGCACGGUUUGGCUGAUUUCGACCUCUUACUGGACCUUGUUCUACAUUGCCCAGGAGAUCGACCAGCCUUUUGGCCAGGACUACAACGAUCUCCCAGUGGUCGAGAUACAACAGAGAUUCAACCAGAGCUUGAUGCAUUUGGCCGCGCCAGAGUCCUACAUUCUGCCGGACUUCAUAGCUCACGUCGCACAGCGACGCACGGUCUGCAUGAGGACGUCUAGAACAACUCUCAGAAUUACCGCAAGGGAGCAGGCAGUAGAGCCACCGGAGACUUCUCUUGUGGAUGUCGUCGUUGAGCAGGAUGAGGCCUCCAGUACACACCUGGCUGAAGUCCUUGACGAGCCUGCUGCCGACAUGGUUCUGGUGAGCCCUCACAUCGAAAAGACCAUACUUGGCCCGAGAGCGGUGGAGCUGGUGACACGCAGAGGUUUUUCCACCGGUGAGCCGAUGCAGCUACAACAGCACAAGAGUAUCCUCCGAGAACUGGCGCCACCAGCUUGGAGUGAGGAGGACCUGGACUCUUUCGUUGAUCUUGUGGCUGCACAGAAGCAGCUCACAGAAGCGCGCGAAGCGCCGGUGGCUACUGCAGAAUUGAAAAUAUCUCUCGUCGAGUUGACGACCUGCUUCAGAGAUCUCGCAUCGAAAGCACGGCGUAACUCCGCGGAAUUGCAGGAGGACACACUCCGUGCGAGAGCUGCAGAGCAGGCUGACAAGCUGCUUGCCCUCACCCAGCUUCUGACAGGUACUUCAAGGCGGCCCGGACAAGAGAACGACGAACCUUUUUCCGUUCAGUCUACGUGA